AUGAAAAGCCUAGAAGAAGAUAUCAAAGAAGGAAAUUUAAAUACAUUUGGAUUAUCUGAGGCUUUAAAAGAUGAACAACAACUAGAAGGAAUGUUUAAUCAUUAUGACUUGAAAGUACAUCCAAAUAUGGAUUUGGAACUUCAAGAAGCUUGGAUGAUUUUGUCAACAGCGAGUGCUAACUCUCUUGAUAUUACAAGAGAAAAACACCAAGAUAUUCGUACAAUAUUGCAAGAUAAAAUUAGAAAGGAAGCAGAAAAUGAUGGAAUCGGAAAUGCCAACGCCAUUUUCAAAAUCAUUUGUAAGCUAUCGAAAACGCUAACCUCUUUUAGAUAUUAA